AACACAUUUAUGGGCUGCACAACAACAUGGCGGGGUAGCUACUGCAGAUAGCAAACGGAGUGACUCAAUGUUGUUUUAGGUUUGUAUCUGGUAAAUUAGUGAAAUUAGCUAUCGUGCGCUCAGGCUCUCUGCGGAAGUGUGGUAUUUUAAUAGAUAGUCACUCACCUUGAAAGUAGUCUAGUUGGAUUGAAAACUGAAACAAUGGUUCGUUUUUUUAAAGCCAACAUCCGCGAAGUUUAGCCACAGCUAGUUAACCUAAAUAACAAUCCAAAUAACAUGUAAGUUAAGUCAAACCAAAUAAUGUAGUUAAUUUGGCCAUGAUAACAUUUGAGAUCUAGCCGGACGACACACACUACAAUAUGUCCCGCUGCUCUGUCGUUCGUUAACUAGCUACCACAAGUACAUUUAUUUCCAAUGGAACGCUGCGAUUGCCUUGCGAACGUAUACAUCCAAUUGUAUGCGUUGACGGCUUGACAGACAUGGUAGUAGAAGGUGAAUGUUGAACUUUUGCUGAACACAUAUCCAGAUGAUGCUGUGUACAAUUUUGCACAAUAACGCUGUCGGUAUGAUCGAGGCGACACACUGUCAUUGUGCUAAAUGGUAUGCAGCAUCAUCUGGAUAUGUGUGCGCAACAAAAGUUCAACACUCCCCACUCCGGUGCUACCAUUUCUGUCAAGCCGUCUAUGCAUACAAUUGGAUGUAUACGUUCGAUAAAUCCAACAUUUGCACCAGGUACCAAAACGAAAAUUGCUGUUGGUGUGAUCGUGUUGUUCAACAUUCAUUUCCAAUGGAAUGCUGCGUUGCAGAGGCAGUUGCAGUUUGUUCUGUGUGGUGCAUACAAGUUGGAUUUAUCAAAAGUAUGCGUAGACGGCUUUAAAGAAACGGUAGCAGAAGGUGAAUGUUGAACUUUUGUUGCACACAUAUCCAGAUGAGGCGGUGUACCAUUUUGCUCGUUUACGCUCUAGGUGUUAUCGAGGUUUGGCUGGAGCAAGGAGUCCAAGUAGCCAGGCAAUUUGAGGUCCCCGAACACUUGCAUUCAGCUUUAUCUAACAUCUUUAAAGAGAGAGUUGUUUGUAGAAUUAUUUUGUGUGUGUGUAUGUGCGCUCAGGAUAAGACGAUAACAUGGAGUCCAUUGACUUGGAGAGGGAGGACCCUCCUAGCUCACUAUCUGGAUAUGCCAAUGGCGAGAUCAUGACCUUGGAGAUCUCAGACGUCUCUCCAGACUUGCUUGUUCUCGAGGUAAAGGACAGCAAUCUACCUGAAAAUAUCCAUGGCAGCCUGGACAUGGAGAUGAAUGCUGACUUUCAUGAGGAUGAUGAUGAUGGGCAUGGUUUUGCAAAUGUGGAACUCCAGUUCUUUCCCUGUGAUGGCUGCGAAGCCUCCUUCACUAGCGAACCGGAGCUGGAGCAGCACUUGAUAAGCUCUCACUCAAUAUGUGAUGUAGCGAGUGAGAGAGGAAGACAGAAGGCCAAGUCAAUGGAAACAGAAGGUGUCUCACCCCUGCACACCUGCAUGACUUGUGGGAAGGUGUUCAAAUAUCUAACUUCAUUCCGAAAACAUGAGGAAACUCAUAUCAAAGCCCUGUACACCUGCAAGACUUGUGGGAAGGAGUUUAAAUACCUAACUUCGUUUACAAAGCACCAGGACACUCAUGUUGUACCAAGAACGAGAGGAAGAAGAAAGGGUAAGUCGAUCAAAGCAGUUGGCCUAAGUGUCAAUAAGAAAAUGAAAGGCCUUCACAUCUGCAAGCACUGUGGUAAGGAGUUCAAAUACGUAACUUCUUUCAUAAAGCACGAGAAGACUCACAGGAUCACGAGAACCAAAAGAAGCCACAAAAAACAGAGGAAACUUUCAACUUCCAAGAUUAUUAUACGUCUUCAAGGCAUUAGGAAAGAUGCCACAGAAACUCAUGUAAGGGCCAACGAGAAAAACAGGAAGAACAGUGAAGAUACUAAUGAUCAGGAUGCAUGUAUUUUAAUAUCUUCCGCUGAGCAGCAAACGCCUGACACGAAACAUUCUCCUCCAUUUCCUUGUCUGGACUGUGGAAAGAUUUUUAAGUUUUUCAAAUCUUAUCAAAAACACCAGAAAAGACAUGCUUGGGCACAGGGCAAAAGUGAAGGAGUGCCUCCUAAACAGAAGCACGGACCAGAAGCGAAAGAACAUAUUAGAUGUCCGGUUUGUGGUAGAGCAUUCAACAAGCAAACAACUCGCAACAAGCACCAGAACAUUUAUCAUCUGAAAAAUAACUUGCAUAAAAACACAAAUGUAUUAACGUGCUGUGAAUGUGACCGCCAUUUUGAAAAGGCAGAUCUUUUCCAAAAGCACAAGUGCUUCCACCUGCGUAAGCAUGUAAAGGCUUUCAUAGAGGCAGGUAGGGUGAGCCAAGAUGGGGAUGUUUUCUAUUGUCAACUCUGUGUCCUACAGCUCACCAGUGGACUGGAGUUUGAGAAUCAUGCCAGGGACAAACACCCAGACCAGUACCGCAAAAUCCUUAAAGCGGUUGGCAAUAUCAUCAAAGACACCUUGAAAGGCUUGCAGACACGAAGGGUUGACAAUCAGUCAACAAGUCAGGAGGAACCUGAAAUAAACUUAAACAGUGUAGGAGAGACUGAGGAGGAUGGAUUGAGACAAUUCAUUUGCAAGAAUUGUGGGGAAUAUUUCCUAUAUCGUGUUUCAUUUACAUUUUGCGGGAAGUGUUUAAAGGAUCGCAAAGACCGCAGGAAAGCAUCCAAGGUGUACCACUGUGAGGAAUGUGGCCAACACUUUGGCCGAAAGGAUCACCUGAAGCGCCACAGUUAUUCUCAUUCUGGCAGUUCCUUUGUCUGUUCUGAUUGUGGUGUUAAAUUCAGGGAUCCGGGAGAGUUGCGUACACAUGAAAAGACUCAUCAGGUGAGAAACCACGCCUGCCAGCAGUGUGGGAAGCGGUUUGAACAGGAAGAGGAACUGAUGUUGCAUCGUGAAGUUGCUCAUCCAGAACCAGGCGGUUAUACAUGCCACCGGUGCGGCAAGACAUUUAGUACAGUGAAAAAUCUGGGAAAACACAGAAUGAUCCAUUCGAAUAAAACUCCCCAUGUCUGUUCAAAUUGCGGUACGAAGUUCAAGAGGCGUGAGCACCUGAGGCGGCAUGAGAGCCUGCACACCAACGAGAAACCUCAUCUUUGUCAUUGUUGUGGUGAUACAUUCGGGCGGAAGGAGGACCUUAACACCCACCUUGGUAAAAUGCACAUCAUAUCAAGACAUUUUCUUUGUAAAGCUUGUGGUACAAGUUUCAAGGACCGUAACGCUCUCAGGAGACAUAGGUAUCACGCUCACACUAAGGCUGGCAAGGUGUUCCAAUGUGAGGCAUGUGGCCUAAGCUUCGGUCGGGCGGAUCAUCUGAAGCGCCACAAGCACACACAUUCCACUGAAAGACCCUUCUCAUGCUCAAUGUGUUACAAAGUAUUCCACCGGGCAGACAACCUCAAGAAGCAUGAAAGAAAUCACAGGAACAAGUGGUUGGAAUACCUGAACACUCACCGCCACAAAACGCCCAAGCAGGAGAGCAGAUUUUCUGAGAGCUCCAAGUGGAAACUGCGUCGAUCUGAAGCAUCAGCCCUACUAAAGCUUAUCCAGAGUCACUCCAAGCAGCAGCAACAUAUCUGCUACGUUUGUAAAAAGACUUUCAGGGGAAUUUACUAUCUAAAGAGGCACCGUCUACUAAACUGCUGUGUACAAAGAAAUAAAAUGGAUUCAUUCCGGUAUGGGACUGUUAAAUAACCUACUUUGGGGUUGAUAAUCUUGAUUUAGAAGUGAAACUUCAUUUUAUUUUGUAGAACUCGUUGGUGUGUUUUUAUAUACAGUGAGCUGUAGAGCUGGGACGAUAAACUGAAAAUGAUCGACACCGAUUGCAUAUCGCAGGGAUUGAGCUAAUAUCGUUCAUUAAGAUAGGUAUCCUAUACUAGAGAAAUGUGACGUUUGAAAUUAAAUACGUUUGCUCAUAUGGGUGAUUGUUAAGGGGACAAUUGAUGGUUACAACCAUCAAACUAGGAGAAGUUUACUAAACAAUCUUUUUUUUAAACGGUGGUGCACAUCGUUAAACUUGUCGUGCGAUUUUAUCGUUAUUGCAUCAAUUCAGGCAAUUUAUCAUGAUAUGGAUUUUUUUUGUCCGUAUCGUCCAGCUCUAGUGAGCUAUGGCUUGCUGUAUAUUGUAUUGUCAUGCAUUUUCACAAUGAAAAUUAUAACAUCAAAAUUAUUGAUUUUGUCUUGUUUCCUGUAUCAUAUACACCCCCCCCCAAUUCAUAUCUCCAAAUAUCCUUCAACAUACUGGUAUUGUUAUAGUAGCAGUUAGGAAGCUUGCAUGCAUACUUUGUAGUAUAGUUCUUACUCUUUACUCUUUACUCUUUUGUAUUACUUUGAAAGUGAACAAUGAAUCACAUGUCAAUUACAUGCAAAAAAAAGAUUGUGUAAUAAAGAGGAAUCACUUUCCUUUCUGUUCCAAAGGGUCCACAUGGUGGAGAUCACAGAACAUUUUUGUGGCCCAGGCUUCUAUAUUAAGGAAAGAUUAUACAAGGAUGGUUUUGUGUUCAACCCUCACCAUCCACAGAUCUGGCAUGGCACAGUCUUUGUUUUUCCCCUCUUAAAACAACUGGUACAAGGGCACAGAAAAUGUCCCCCAAAAAGUAAGGAUACAUAUUUUCCUGUGAAUGUACACAUUUUAUAUUCCGGGAAUAAAGAUCCUGUGAAAAGCCUAAGUUUUAAAUUGCUUUAAUUACAAAAUGU